AUGUUCAAUGGCUCUGCUCCACCCAACGGGGGAGGCGCCGAUGCCCUAGGCGCCAGCAACGGCAUCGUCAAAGCCGUCCUGGAAGCCCUCCAAAGGGAUGGGCCUCACCCUGUCGUCAGCCUCGAGCAGCACGCACUCCUUCUCGAGACGCUGCUCUCCGAUGCCCUGCCCAGCACUCCGGCAAUUCAUCCGGUGCAGCGUCAGAAGCUCUUCAAUGCUAUUGCAGACAAAGUUGGGCCCGAUGCCACCGCUGGUGCCGUGCGCCAGGCACUUCCCAAGCUCAAAUUGAAGCAGGAAAAGAAUGUCGCUGAUCUUCUCAUCGAGCUCGGCGUCAAGAGCCUCCCCACCGAAGACGCCGCUCGCGCCGUCCUGCAGCGAUUCGGACUGACCGAAAACAACCCGCCAGACGAGCGCAUGGUAUCAGAGAUCAUCGCCGUCCUCCUCUCGGUCGACCCCGCCAUCUUCGAGACCGACCGUGUCACCCACUUCGCCAAUCUCGCGCGCGCACUUGGUGCCAUCAAGCCGCUAAUCUCCUGGCCCCGUGUCAUUCGCGGCCUCGAUGAGCUUGAUGGCUUCAACCCGUCCUUCCACGGUCGCAUGACCGGCAUGGCCGACGUGCUGCUCCACACCUCUGGUCAAGGUCUAGUUCAGACCUCGGCCGUCUCUGGCCUGUGGGGUCCGUGGAUGCACCGACUUCGACAGCUUCAGAUCUUGCACGGCCUUCUCGCGCUCGGCUCGGACACAUUCACCUUUAGAGCGGUGCCCGGACGACCUACCCUCACCGCAGAGCAGCUGAACGACGCCCCCAGCAGCAUCCAGACCCCCGGACAGGCCUUCUUCUCCAGUGCAUACAAUUCGCUCGACCUCGUUGAGACGCUCAUAGAGAUCUCCGCCUCCGACGAUCAGAAUGUCCGCUCCGCGGUGCAGGAGGUGCUUGAGCAAGCCAUCAAGGCCUGUCCCGAACUCAUCCUGCUUGGCUUGGUGCAGAUCCCGCAACCAUGGAACGCGAUCCACGCCGAACUCGCUUCUCAGCUUCUCACCAUGUUCAUGUCGCCUCACAACAGCAGCCUGUUUGUCUUCUACCGCAUCUGGAGCACACAGCGCGAAUACCUUCUCAACGCUUUCCGCAACUUCUACCUCGAGAGUCAGCUCAACCUCACCCGCAUCGUCGACGUUGCGCAGAGUCUCGGCAUCGUCGACGACCUCGUCGAUGCUCGACCUUUUGCAUUCGCCCUCGACGUGGCGGCGUUGGCGUCCCGACGCGAGGCCAUCGACCUAGACGCGUGGCUGCAAGACAACAUCAACCGUCAUGGUAGCGACUUCAUCCGUGCGGUACUCGAGUUCCUCGACAUGAAAGCCAAGGACGACCUCGCCAAGCCCGAUCCGCAGGCUGAACAGAGCUUCGUCCCGCUCACGGUGCAGAACGUCGCCAGCUUCCUCAAGGCGUUGCGCUCCAACGGCGAAAGCAUGAGCGCGGAGGAGAUCGACUUCUUCAAGGGAGUCCGCAAUGUCUGCCUCCAGCUUCAUCCUCGUCUCAUGAAUCUGGCUCCGGGCGCAGAGGGCCAGGAACCUGGCUUGCAGGUCGUCACCUUCUCCCAAGACAUUCACGAGGAGGCCGACUCGUGGUAUCGCCAGAUGUAUGAGGGCAAGAUCAGCAUCGAGGAAAUUGUGCGCCUGCUGCAGCGCACCCGGGCUUCGGAGGACGUGCGAGACCAUCAGAUCUUUGCGUGCAUGGUGCACACACUCUUUGAUGAGUAUCGCUGGUUCGAGAUGUACUACCCAGCCGCCGAGCUCGAGAUGACGGCGGUGGUGUUCGGCUCUCUCAUCCAGUAUCAGCUCAUCGACUACAUCCCUCUCGGCAUCGCCAUCCGCUACGUCCUUGACGCAUUGCGCAAUCCUCCCGACUCGAGCAUGUUCAAAUUCGGCCUCCAGGCCUUGCUGCGCUUCCAGAAUCGCCUCCCCGAAUGGCCCCAGCUCUGCCAGGCUCUCCUUUCCAUGCCUCAUCUUCAGCAAUCGUAUCCGAAGAUCAUCGGACUCGUCAAGAUGGCUUUGUCUGGUCAGAUGCCCGGUGCUGAUGUUGGCAUGCCCGGAGGCCAGUCCCUCGAGGACAAGAAGGCGCCCUUCCCUGCGAUCCGCGCUGAUCCCCUUCCUCAGGACGGAGACCAGCGCGACCCGAGCGAAGAAGUCACCGACAAGGUGCUGUUCCUCGUCAACAAUCUCUCGCCCACCAACCUGGAGUCCAAGCUCGGCGAUGCUCGAAGACUCAUCACCGCCGACACCUAUCGCUGGUUCUCCAACCACCUGGUGCUGCAGCGAAUCAGCAUCGAGCCCAACAAUCACGGCCUCUACGCGCAGUUCCUCGAUGGCCUGGAAGCCAAGGGCCUCAUGACCUACAUUCUCCACGAGACCCUCGCCAAAUGUCAGACGCUGCUCAACAGCGACAAGACCGUCCAGUCGACUCAGGAGCGCAAUUUGCUCAAGAACCUCGGCUCCUGGCUCGGCAGCCUCACGCUCGCCCGCGACAAGCCGAUUCGCCACCGCAACAUUGCGUUCAAGGAUCUGCUCAUCCAAGGCUACGACUGCAACCGGCUCAUCGUGGCCAUUCCAUUCGUCUGCAAGAUCAUGGAGCAGUGCGCCAAGUCGAACGUCUUCAAGCCGCCCAACCCGUGGCUGAUGGCGGUUCUACGGUUGAUGGUCGAGCUCUACCAGUUCGCAGAGCUCAAGCUCAACUUGAAGUUCGAAAUUGAGGUCCUCUUCAAGGGUCUCAACGUCGAGCUGAAGGAUGUGCCGCCGACCACCAUUCUCCGCAACCGCCCAUCUGCCGAGCUACUUCAAGAGCAGCAGCAGCAACAGCAGCAGCAGCAAUCGCUCGGCCAACUUCAGCAUCUGAGCCAACAGCAACAGCAGCAGGCCAUUGCGCAGAUGCAGAUGCAGCAGCAGCGUCAACAGCAACAGCAGCUCUCGCAGCAGCCUGCCACCGGCAUCUCGCAGGAUCUCGAACGUCUGUCGAUCGCCGGCGGAUACGGCGGAGCAGCAGCCAGCGGCCGCAUGGCGCCUCAAUCGCAGAAGGCCAGCGCCGCCGCUGCCGCAGUCGCUGCAGCCGGCUCGGGUGCUCAGCCAGCCCAGUCGGCAGCCGCCGCGGCGGCGUAUGCCGAAGCACUCUCGUCGAUGCUCCAGAGUCUGCCUCAGUACGUCGUGUUCAACCCCCAGCUCACCAUGUUCAGCAGCAACGCAGCACUCAAGCGACUCAUUUUCGUCGCCAUCGACCGUGCCAUCCGCGAGAUCAUUGCUCCCGUUGUCGAGCGAUCCGUCACCAUCGCCUCGAUCUCGACCCGCGAGCUGGUCACGAAGGACUUUGCCAUGGAGGGAGAUGAAGACAAGAUGCGAAGCUCGGCCCAUCAGAUGGCUCAAAACCUCGCUGGCAGCCUUGCCCUCGUCACUUGCAAAGAACCGCUGCGUAUCAGCAUGAUCGCCAACGCACGUACCCUCCUCCUCUCGAAUGGCUUCACCGAGCAGAACCUGCCCGAGCAAGCUUUAAUGGUGAUCAUGCAAGAGAACCUCGAUCUUGCUUGUUCCGUCAUCGAGAAGGCUGCCAUGGACAAGGCGGUGCCCGAGGUGGACGAGGGGCUCACCAAUGCCUACUCGAGCCGACGCGAGCACCGCGCUCGUGGUCGCGGCUACUACUGGGACACCGCCGCUCUGGCUGCCUCGCAGUACGCUGCGACUUUGCCUGACAUGAUGCGUCUGCGACCCGAUGGACUCCUGCCUGGUCAGCUUCGCGUUUACGACGGCUUCAGCCGCCGCAUGUCUCCCGGCCUCGACGGCGACCGUGGCACACCAGCUUCUGUGCACGCCUCUUCCGUCUCUGGUCCUUCCGAAGCCGGGUACCCGGACGCGGCGGCCGCUGCCGCCGCUGCCGCAGGUGCAGUCGGUGCCGGUGCUGUGGGUGCAGCUGCGCUUCAGGAGGCAGGUGCUCAGGACAGCGGCCCCGCCGGCCUGCUCGCCUUGACUGCUGGCGGCACACUGAGCGCUCAGCAAUCGCUCGAAAAGUUCUCUCAGGGUAUGGCCGAGCUGGAGCGCUUGCUUGAGUCUUCCGACCAGGAUGCGGGUCUCGCCGAACUGCCGCAGGAUCACGAGAUCCGACACGCACUUCGUCUGAUCCCCACCGUCGCCGCUCAGUCUGCCAGUCGUGACGAAACGGCUCUUGCGUUUUCGCAAAAGGUCGUUCAGCUCCUCUUCAAAAUCGAAUCGAAGCUUGGACGAGAGGCAUAUGUUGUCUUGCUGGACCGACUCUGCGAGAUCUCGCUCAAAGCUGCUCGCGAAGUAACGGCCUGGCUCAUCUACGCCGAGGACGAGCGCAAGUUCAACGUGCCUGUCACCGUGUCGCUUGUGCGUGCCGGCUUGGUCAACAUUGCCGAGCUCGACGUUCAGCUCGCCAAGCUCAUCCUGCGCGACCUGCGUGCCAGCGUGAUCGACUUUUCGGCCCAACUGGCCCUCGAGUGCCUGCAAGAGCCCGCCUGCGCUACUCGCCAGCAGCUCACGAACACGAUCGAGGCGCUGCAACGAGUCGAUCAGCGUGGCAAGGCGACCGAUGCCUCUAAACGCUUCCUGCACGAUCUCGAGAGCGGUCUGCUGAAGAGCAAGGUCGACGUCGGCAACACGGCGCUCCGCGAGCAGCUCGCUUACUGCUUUGCCGAAUGGACGCGUCUCUUCCAGCACUCGCCCAACCCGGAGAAGUCGUUCAUCGACUACGUCACGCAGCUGCAGACGCAAGGCAUCCUCAAGGGUGAGGAUAUCUCGUCCAUGUUCUUCCGCGUCUGCACCGAGGUCAGCGUGGACAGCUAUAUCAAGCAAAAGGCGGUGGGCGGAUCGGCCGCCUCCGGCAUCUUUUCGCCCAUCGACGCCUUCUCGCGUCUGAUCGUGCUCAUGAUCAAGUACCACGCCGACCCCACUGGCGCCAACAACGAGCAGGCCAAGGUGCACUACCUCACCAAGAUCCUGUCGAUCGUGGUGCUGGUGCUCGCACAGUCGCACGAAGAGCUCGGAGUCCAUUUCCAGCAGAAGCCCUUUUUCCGACUGUUCUCGAGUCUGCUGCAUGAUCUGCACGCUACCGAGUCGAGCUUGGGUCCGGCCUACGUGCAGACGCUGCUUGCCAUCAGCAACACGCUCAACACGUUGCAGCCAUCGUUCUUCCCAGGCUUCACCUUCUCCUGGAUGUCUCUCGUGUCGCACCGCCUCUUCAUGCCCAAGCUACUCGAAGCCAACCAGCGCGAAGGCUGGGGUGCGUUCCACAGGCUGUUCGCAUCGCUUCUGCGCUUCAUGUCGCCGCUGCUGCGCGAUGCUGAGCUGCAGGACACCACACGCCAGCUGUACCGCGGCACGCUGCGCAUCCUGCUCAUCUUGCUGCACGACUUCCCCGAGUUCCUGUGCGACUACCACCAGAGCUUGUGCGACUCGGUGCCGACUUCGUGCCACCAGCUGCGCAACUUGAUCCUCAGCGCCUUCCCCCGCACCAUCCGCCUGCCGGAUCCCUUCAGCUCGAGCUUGCAGAUGAACAUGCUGCCCGAGAUGGGUCAAGCACCGCACAUCGCAUCCGACUACGUCGCUGCCCUGAACCAGAUCGAAGGUCUGCGCGCUGCCAUUGACGCCCACUUUGACCAGGCUCGAGGCAACGACCUGCCGGAGCAGCUCAUGGGUCUGCUCAAGCAUGCCACGCGCGCCUCGCUCGCCCUCAGCAACGGCUCGAGCAAGGAAGAGGCCUCGAACGUCAGCCAUCUUGCUUCGCUUUCUGGAAGUGGGCUCAACGUCGGCUUGAUCAACUCGGUCGUGCUCUACCUUGGCGUCCGCUCCAUCGAGGCCCGUCGCGGCGGUGACGAGAACAGCGGCGCUGCCGUCUUCCGCUGGUUCGUGGCGCAGGCGGAUCCUGAAGCAAGGUACCUGAUCCUCACGGCGGCGGCCAAUCAGCUGCGCUUCCCUUCGAGCCACACCGCUUACUUUUCUGCAGCGCUCAUUCAGCUCUUUGCGGAGAGCGAGGACGACUCGGUGCGCCAGCAGAUCGUGCGCGUUCUUCUCGAACGACUCGUCAUCCACCGUCCUCAUCCAUGGGGACUGGUGGCCACGUUCAUCGAGCUGAUGAAGACGCAGCGACACCGCUUCCCUCGUGCACCGGCAGAGAUCCAGGCACUUCUGGACCACAUCGCAGCAACGCUCGCAGCAUCCAGCAAUGAGGACGGCUCUGGCUACCCGCAGCAGCAGCAGCAGCAACAGCACGCGCAUCUCAACGGCCAUUCGGCAUUCUUGCCCCAGCAGAUGAUGCAGCAGCAGCAGCAGCAGCAUCAACAGCAGCAGCAGGCCUGA